AUGACAUCAUCAAUGUCAGGUGAACUAAACAAAUGUGCCAGCUACUUUUCACUAUUUGCAAAUGUAAACCAGAACACCAAAACAACAAUGGAUGGAUCAACUGGUGGUCCUAAUGACACAUUGCAAGAAUGGGAGUAUGAGAAGAGGAUUGCAACAGUCAAAAAAGUUGAAGCACUGAAAGCAAAACUUCGGGAUCCCUCAGGAAAGGGAAGAAGUAAGGUCACACAAAUGAUUUCAAAGGAAAAGUCACGACAGGAGUUUGUCCCUCCUUUGGGUAAGUUUGUCAAUCUGAUAAAAGCAGAGCCCUUGCAUAACACGAAUAAUGCCUGGCAGCAUUGGUUUACUGAUCUAGUAACAGUAGUUAUGCAGUACACUGACAAUGCCCAACUUAAAUCAGCAUCAAGUUUAUCAGAUAUGCCAGGUGAUUCACCAGUGACAAAAUUUCUGACACAUAUGAGAGAAACUGCAAAGUGUGGUAGGCUGUAUAAUUCUUUUGUCAGAUGGUUUGGGGAAAAAGAGAAAGAAAGGAAUUUCUUUCACCUACCGAUUUACGGGGUUAGAAUCUAA